AUGUGUCGGCUAAAACCAAUAAAAGUGGCUGCUCAUCCACAACCCUAAACCAACCCACUUUCUUUCUUAUUCUGUUGGUGGCUCUUUUUUCCUCCUCCCCUUUAAAUCUUGCUCUUGGACGUCUCUCUGGUGUGUUUGCUUCUAAAGAAUUCUUGGUCACCGGCGGCGGCCAUGGCUGAAACUAGAGGAGCAGCAGCUAGCUCCGGUGAUCAUGACGAUGAAAGGAAUAAUUGUCCCCGUGGUCACUGGAGGCCCGCAGAGGAUGAAAAACUCCGGCAGCUCGUCGACCAAUACGGGCCUCAGAACUGGAACUCAAUCGCUGAGAAGCUCCAAGGCCGAUCAGGGAAAAGUUGCAGGUUGAGGUGGUUCAAUCAGCUUGACCCAAGAAUUAACAGAAGGCCAUUUACGGAGGAGGAAGAAGAAAGGCUUCUUGCAGCUCAUCGGAUACAUGGAAACAAGUGGGCUUUGAUAUCCAGGCUCUUCCCGGGUCGAACGGACAACGCCGUGAAGAAUCACUGGCAUGUCAUAAUGGCAAGAAAGCAAAGGGAACAAUCCAAGCUAUGUAACAAGAGAAGUAAUUACCAAGGCUCUAUCACUGUUAUUGACUCCAAUAGCCUUAAAAACUGCAUUGGGAGUUGUCGGUAUUACGGGUUCCAAGCCCCAAACAAUUCGGGCUCUUGGACGUUCACAAGGCCGGCGGGUUCAGCCACGAAAAAUUCAGCUUUGUUUGAUCCAUUUGGAAGAGAAUCCAGCUCUUAUUAUUGCACCACAGAGAGCUCAAACAGUUCAGACCAGCAGCAGCCUUUUCGCUACUAUCUGAAUUCUUCCAAUUCAGUCGGGUUCCCAAGCUACAAGAGGGUUGUCCCAAGCCCCAUUGGAUUCUCCAAACCAACAGGUGAUGAUCAUGAUAAGGGAACAGAUGGAAUGGAGAUGAUGAUGAUGAUCAAGAGAGAUAUGCCGUUCGAGGAGGAACAGCGUGGAGACGAAGCCGUAAAGAGGAAGGACAUUCCCUUUAUAGAUUUUCUUGGGGUGGGAAUAUCUUCUUGAUCGCCAAAACCCUAAUUAUAAAACU